AUGCAGCAAACCGGCGGGAAUUGGGAAGAAUACUUCGGUGGUGGUGGUGGUGGUGGUGGUGGUGGUGGUGGUGGGCGGGGGGAGCGUAGGGGGCGGGAUCAAGGCUCUGGGGCAGCGACAGGCAGCAGAGAACGAGGACGUGGCCGGGGAAGGGGAGGUGGGCGUGAAUGGGCAGUCGAAAGAGGCGGUGGUGGCGGCGGAGGGCGUGAUGGUGGCGGCCGCGGUGGAUGGGGCAGUUCAGGAGGAAGAGGAGGAAGAGGGCGCCAGUACGACAACGGUGGCGGUGGCAGGGGCAGGGGUGGUGGCAGAAGCGCGUUCGGGCGUGGGCGUGGUAGUGGUGGAGGAAGAGGCGCCAGCAGCGCGUACAGCGAUGGUCCUGGUCGAUACUCAGGCAGAGGGGGCGGGGGGAUCGGCACUCGGAGCGGCCGAGGGCGCGGCAGAGCGUCGGCUGGCUGGAACGAUGGCCCGGGUUACAACAUGGACGACUUCGAGCUGGUGGAGGAAGGCACCGGUGACGAUGGCACCUGGGACGAUUAUAGCGACUACAGCGACGACCCUGGGCUGUACAAGAAGCCCCGCGGCGCCGACACCGCCUACGUUGAGGACCUUGGUACCGAGCUCAAGGUGAUUACCAGAGGAGGCGGGGAUGGUUUCUCCGCAGCCCCUGCAGCGAAAACCGUCUUCAGCGCCGACCCCAACCUCUCCCCGGUGUCCGGAGAGAUGGGGGUAGGCCGCAGCCACAACCGCGAACGGCGCGCCGCCCGUCGGGAACAACGACGGCGGGAAGAGCGCGACAGCGAAAAGGGGCGGGGGGAGGGGGGGCGGCUAUGGUCAGAAGAUGAGGGUGCCGCCGAUGCUGCUGCCGCUGCCGCUGCCGAGGCUGCGAAAGUGCGGGACGGAGCGCAGCUGCGGAUAAAGCGCAGGGAAGAGAGGGAAAGGGCGGAGCGGGAACGCCAGGCGGAGUACUUCGCUUCCCUCGACGGUCAAGGCGGAGGUGCUGGUGCUGGUGCUGGUGCUGGUGCUAGCGAUGGCGGGUUGGACGACAUCUUUGGCGACUACUUCUCGCCGAAAAAGUCCUCGACGCCGCCCGCUUCUUCUACCGUCGCCCCCCAACCCAAGCAGGGGUUUGCCCAGAAUCCUUCCUUGCCUGCGUCUACCUCAGGCUGGGACCAGCUCCCACCACCCGUGUCAUCAUCCACAAGCGGCAGCAAACGCCCCGAACGGCGGGACGACUACGGCAGCAACCUUCGAAGAAACCCCUCGGAGCGGGAAGCCGAGCGUGACGACGGGUGGGAGAGUUCCGGUGGCGGCGACUACGGCGGCGGGCGCAGGCGCGGGCAGGGGCGCGGAGGGCGUGACGGCGGUUUCCAAGACUUUUCGGAGCCGGUAUCGGAGGGCCGGUUCGGCCGACAGGCUCAGCAGCAACAGGGAAGGCGCGGCAAUGGGCGCGGGGGCGACGACUUGGGCCCUCGUGGGAGAGGGGGUGGAGGAAGGGGUUCCGCCGCGGCGGAUUACGGCGGUGGCGGCGGGCGGGUGGUGGACAAGAGCAUCUGGGACGCGGACCGGUGGGAGUCGACGGGAUCGACGGCCUGGAUCAAUGCCGGGGAGGGGGACGGCAGCGCGGGUGGCGGUGGGAGUGGCGGGGGUUCCCUGCCGAGUUGGAAGGUCCCCAAGGCGAAACAAGAGACGGCGAAGGCGAACAGCGCGCCUGUUCCUGAUUGGCUGCCGCGACAGGGAGGCCUCGGUUCGGAGUCUCGCCGGGGAGUUGCCCCGCUUCCCGAGGGCAUCGACACGAGCGUCAAGAAAGAAAUAACGACUCGGGGAAGUGCUGAUACAUCUUACUCGAGGCUGGGGGUGAAGGGACUGGAGGCGAUGCUGAAAGACAAGUUUUCCAAGAUGAAGGAUGGCGUGUUCACGGCCGAAGAUGACGAAGCCGAAUUUUACGACCCCGAUGAUGAGGGCUUCGAGAAGCUGGUGGAUGGCGAGCAGCUACCUCUUGUUGAAUUGGAGGACGGUGUGGUUGGUAGCGUGGACGUCGGAGCGGCCGUGCAAGACUUCCGAGGUGCCGUGCGGUACGACGACCCAAACGCCCCUCGUCCCAAGGGCCUGGGAGUGGUGGCUCGCUCAGAGGCCGAAGCAGCCGGAGGGGGGUUCCGGAUGCGGUCUCCUUCUCGUGCCGCAGCAGCAGCAGCAGCAGCAACGGCAGCAGCAAAAGCAGCUACUACUGGCAGUACCGGGGGUGGUAGGGACGCGUCCCCUGCUGUGGAGGACUACGACGAAGACGGCAGCAGCGGCAACAAGUCGGUCUCGAGAAGCAAGGGGAGCCGUGGUGACGACGGCGGGGGUGGUGUUGGCGGGGACGACAUCGCGGUUGGUCGGGGGGCGGCCGAGAGGGAGGACGUGGCCGUCGUGUCGGAGGAGCGGAAGCAGGAGCAGGAUGGUGUCGCCGGGAAACUGGGCAAGAAAGACAAGACGAAUAAAUCGCAGGCAGUGGAGAAGAAUAAGCCGACCUACACGGCGAUCAACAUCGCCGACAUGGAGACCCUCGAGCAGCAGGCCUCGUUCUCCUUCCGAGACCUGGGCAUCCAGGAUCGGACCGUUCUCAAGAACAUCAAGAAGCUGGGAAUCGAUUCCCCGACGGACGUCCAGGUUUCCGCGAUCCGCGGGCUCUUGUCCGAAGACCGGGACGUGAUCAUCCACGCCCACACAGGUUCGGGCAAGACCCUGGCGUACCUGCUGCCGCUCAUCGCGGCCACCGAUCCCGACAGCAACGCCCUGCAGGCGAUCGUGGUGGCCCCAGGCAGAGAACUGGCCAGCCAAAUCUUCUCCGUGUGCGAGAAACUUAUCCAAGGGACCGGCCUCCGUAGCACCAUGGUCAUCGGGGGUGCCAACGCCCUGAGGCAGGUAGAGAGGAUCAAGAAGGUGAAGCCGCAGAUCGUCAUCGCCACCCCCGGUCGCCUGUGCGAGUUGGUGUUCGACCGCCGGAGGAUGAAGCUGGGCAUGGUCAGAACGGUCGUCUUGGACGAGGUGGACGCGCUGCUGAGGCCCCCGUACGACCAAGAGAUAGACGCCAUCAUGGAUGCAACUCCCGGAGGGAGGCGGCAGGCGGUGUUCGCGUCUGCAACCGGCCGUUCGCCGGUAGUCUCCGCAGCCUCUGAGCGUUACAUGAGGAAGGAACCGCUGUUUGUCGGUGGAGGUGAUUUGGGUGUCGGGAGCGGUCAGCGGAGGGGCGGUCUGCCCUCCAACAUCCGGCACACGAUCCUCACCAUGCCCAAGGUGAAAAAGUUCGACACUCUACGGCGCUUAUUGAACACGCAGCCCUUCCCGGAGAGCGUGAUGAUCUUCGUCAACGACCCCAUACAGGUGAACUGGCUGACGGAGCGCUUGGAGACAGUGGGCAUUAUCGCGGCACCUUUGUCCGGAGAGAGCUCCAAGGACGACCGUGCAGAGAUAAUGAGGCGGUUACAGGAUAAACGCAUCGCCAUGGUGGUGACCACCGAGAUGGCUGCAAGAGGCCUGGACGUGGCCCACCUCACGCACGUUGUCAACUACGACCUCCCCACCGACGCUGACCACUACGUGCAUCGUGCGGGAAGGUGCGGGCGAGCGGGAAGACCGGGGAUCGUAGUGAACAUGGCAACCCCGGACGUGAAGUUCGUCAUGGGCAAGUUCGCCAAGAGCCUCGGGCUGCCGUUCGACGACUGCGAGGUUCAGGGGGGGCGGUUCUGGUCCGUCUCUACCACGGAACCCCCGGUAGCAUCGGCGGCGAGGGCGACGGUGACAGCGGCGAAGACAGGGGCGGCGGUAGCAGCGGCGGGGGCGUGUGGUGACACGCGGGCGGAGGCAACCGCUACCGGGGGGGUAGGCGUCGUCGUCGCAGAUGAUCCUGCUGAGCCCCUGCCGCCGCCGCCACGGAAGAGAACGGCUUCUUCGAUCGACAGGGGAUUUUUGGGAGACCCGAUCGGUAAGUCGAAACCGUCGGCGGGAACGCUGGAAGAAGACGGCGUUGAUGAUAUCGACGAUGGUGAUUUCGACGACGACAUCGCGGCGGAAGCGAGGGCGUUUUUGGAAGGGGGGGGGGCGGCGUCGGUGGCGACAGCACGGGGAGGAGCCGAGGCGUACGGCGUAGCGCCGUUCUCCACCUCCCCCCGACAGCCGGAGGGUCCCGAGGACGACGGUGAUGUUUACGUCGACGCUGAAGACGCUGACGAAGCCAUGGCGGAAGCCGAGGCGUUCUUGCGAGGGGAACGGGGAUCUCCGGACAGCGCACCGGCUGUAGCGGGUGCUACGGUUAAGCCUUCCUCUCGGCAAAAAAAGAAGCAGUCGCCGGAGAAGAGCGCUGCUGGCGGUGACGUCGAGAGCGUUACUAAAAAGGAAACGGCACCUGUUCUUGAGACGUUUGAGGUCGCCGGGGGCCUGGCGAUCGUGAACGCGCCGGAAGGUGCGGAGGACAACGACGAUUUCGAAGGCGAUUUCGUGAUGGACGGCGGCGAGUUUGAUGAGGAUGACUGGGGGGACGGCGACUGGGGAGACGGUGAAUGGGUAGACAGCGAGGAGGAAGAUGAUGAACAGGAGGACGAGGAGGAAGCGGCACAAGGAUAACAAUGAUGGUAGUGUUGGCCUUUAUUGUCGGAGGGACGGACGGUGGGUUUUUGCGGGGAGUACGUCGGGCGCGUUUGUUGAUCCUUGGUUUGGUGCGCUGAGUAUGACGAGUGUUUCGUGUCGUGGGUUUGGAGUGUGUUCACCGGUGUUUGGGAAUUCAUCAUGCCAGUUCAGUAGAACUGCUGUUCAUGUUCGUUCACCGUAGACCGCUGUUUGGAAGGCAUACAUGUGCACAGCAGUGAUGGCGUCACCGCAGGCGGCGUUGUGUUUGAGAGGAGAAAGAGGGGAACACGUGGCCGGAUUGUACUAUGUCCACCCCGUUAUGGCGAUGUGUUCUUCGUCUCUUUAGCGGAGUUGUCGCCAGUCAGGCAGCUUCCUUUGUGUUGUGUUGCCUAAGAAGGAACGAACGGGAAGCAAGGAAGGCACAGUCUGCUUCUUUUUGUUGAGGUUGGGGGAGAGAUUCGACGCAAAAUAUACCCAGGGAUGUUUCCCUUAACAUAUCCCUACGUACUGUAGGUCUCUUCGCCAAAAUUCCAUGAAUGGGUUCCUGAGUGGGGUUUGGGUUCGUUCGAAAUCUAGCUUGACGGUGUGAGUGUUUAGUAGGUGACCAAAUUGGUGGACACAGGUUUCACAUACAGCCAACACGGUUCUCUUGACAAGCCAAACCGCGGCAUUGUUGUUUUACAGGAGGAGGCACCCCGUUUUUUUCCUCAUUAAGUUUGUUCUCGCGUGUUGUUGUUGUUGUUGUUUUUCUUCACAUUAAACUCGUGUCAGUUGCUAAUCCCAAAAUCUAGCAAAGACUCGGUCUGUGGUCACAAUAAUGCUAGAGCCAUCAGAAGAUCUAAAUAACACACACACUAUUAGCAAGAAAAGGGUACACAAGCCCGAGGAGGUACACCUACAAUCCCUGCAGCACGUUUGCGUGCUCACAACUUAACCACACGCCCACACACUACAAUUCGACUAGACUACUACAGCAGCAGCAUCAUCCCCCUUUUCCCGCAUUUAACCAAAAUGAAUGUUUGUCGACUACAGCGUACUGCUGUCUGACGUGCUGUCAGUACAAUAACAACACCAUGGUGCAUGGUACACAAGCUCGGGGCAUGCAGCUGCUGUCUGAAGUGCUGUCAGAAUGAGUCCGUGGACAUACAAUGAAGAACACCACCAAACAAAGCCAUCAUUGCAAUUGACGAUCACCCGAAUCUAUCCAGAUUAGCUGUGUUACUAGGAAUCAUUCCACAUUGAAGGGGUCUUCCACGAUGCAGGUACACAAUUAAGGCACCCGGGUUAUCCGCGCCAUCUCUGCCGCGUCUCUCUAUAAAACCAGUGACGUCAUCACACACACCCAACUCCUAUGUUCAGGAAAAAAAAGGAAAAAUAAAGACGACACAAGAGAUGUUUGUCCGUGCGCCACGGUUCGAUGCCGUCCGCAUACUCCGGUUCCGCUGCUCCGGUGCCGCUGCUCCGGUGCCGCUGUGGCCAGUCCUAGCAAGACCAAACUCGACCCGCUCCGCUUCGUACACGCUCUCGUUGCUGUCCUUUCCACUCGGUUCCU